AUGAAUUUUUCAGAGGCAGUCUCCAUGAAGUUCACCAACUUGGUCUGUGAAAGCUACAACCAGUCUUGGUUUGUUUUCCACAACUGUCGUCUUAAAGCUGUACGACGAGACAGGAUCGUUCUCAAUAUAAAUGGGACCCUUCUUUACCCUGCCCAAGUUAUCCAUGUUCACGGGAAGCUUUUCAAAAGAGCUAAUGGGUACAAGCCGUGGCUAAUUGACGUUAAACUUGAUGUGUGUCGUUUUGUGAAAAGGAAUUACAAUCCUGUCGCCAAAAUGAUUUACAAUUUGUUCAAAAAGUUUACCAAUAUAAAUCAUACAUGUCCUUUUGAGGGACCUCAAAUUAUUAAAGGAUUUUAUCUGAAGCCCGAGCUUUUAGGACUGCCCUUUCCGACUGGCGAUUACUUGCUAUCCUUACGAUGGUUGUAUGACUACAAGCUCCAAUAUGAUACAAAUGCCAGUUUCGAGUUUAUUGAGGAUCUUAUAAGUGCCUAA